AUGAAGGAAGCAAAAAAGAAAAAGUUACUGCGACGGCAGCGGCAGGAAGAGUUAAGGGAAAGGACCAAGUUCAUAAGAGAGCGUCUGCAAAACGCUGAAGAGGUUGAAGUGCAAUACGUUCUCUCCUCCGAUAGCGAUGGUGAAAAAUCACCCGCUGGUGACGUUACUUCUCGCGCUGUGGCCGAAACCGGUAAUGUGGAUGUGGAAGAUGAGGACCGCGUGCAGCUUCCGUCCAUCACGGUGAAUGAGGCCGCGGGUUCGAAAUCGAAGAAGAACAAACAACAGCGGCAGAAAAUGUCGUGGGAAGCUCUAAAGCUAGCCGUCGCGCAGCGCUACGGUUCUGAUGUCAGUGCCAUGGUCUCUGAACACGACGGCAAUGCCGAAGAUCCUCUGUUUACUGUAUUCUUAAAGUCUGUACGGCGAACAGUGCCUGUACCGCAGCACUGGAACAGGUUGCGUGCUUUCAUGGCCAAUCAGGCGGACCGCGAGAAGGCUACAGACCUUGUUCCACCGGAGAUCGCUUUGCUAGGUGUCGAGCGGAUUCGUGCGACACGAGACAAGAAGGCAAGUAUUGACCAAGUUGCUUUUGUGUCGUGCUUCAUUACUGGCACUCCGCUGCAGCGAAAACGAUUUAACGUCUCUCUAAGCCGGUUUGGCGAUGUGUUUUAUGAGGGUAAAUGGCUACCAAAGGGAUGUCAUACACCAGGCGUUCUUUCGCAGCGGCUUCGGACGGGGCUUGGGAUGGGGCCGCACUCGCCACCACCAUGGCUUUACGGCAUGCAGGCGAUGCGACGACUUCCUCCAGCGUACCCCGGUUUGAAAGUUCCUGGCCUCAACGCUCCCAUUCCCCCAGGUGCGCAAUGGGGUAAUGGUGAGGGACAGUGGGGACAGCCGCCACGUACGGAGAGCAACACAUUUCUAUUUCCUGGUGUUAUGGACGAGGUUGCUGUGGAAGAGGCUCCACCAGUGUAUUGGGGAACUGUACCACCUCUUACUUCCAGCUCAGGUAGUCAUCAGCAACAAAAAUCAGUAGUGUCACAUUCUGUGCAAGCUCAACCAACCCCAGCGACUGUUUCGACAACCAAAACGCCCGCACCGGUGACGACACCGCCACCAGCGAUUAACCCCGUGCCGUUUCAUCCGCAAGCAUACACACCUGCAACGGCUGUGGGAUACGUUCCCACAACUCCUCAAGAGUAUGUUCGUGUUCAGGAUAGCACUGUGGGGGCGACCGUAGCUUUGGGAUCGGUGCUGGUGCCCAAAGCGGCAGUUGGGGCGGCAACCAUGAAUCAACAGCAACGGCAGCAGCAACCGCAACAACAACCACCAGCGAAGCAAGUUGUCCCCCCACGUGCACCAACAAAAUUUUGA